AUGGCGGCAGAUUCAAUCCCACCCCCGCUCUCCCAGGGCGUCGGGUACGGCGUCGUCCUCGGCUUCGGGUUCGCCUUUGCGGCCGUGAUGGCCUACAUCACCCGCCUCCUAUGGCGCUUUAAUGGGGAGAACAAUGCGCAUUUCGAAACCUACGCGACCGCAGGUCGAAAGGUGGGCACGGGUCUCACGGCCACAGCUGUCUUUUCCUCCUGGGCUUGGUCCACCGCGCUCCUCUCUUCGUCCCUCGUCACGUUUAUCUAUGGUCUUGCUGGUGCAUACUGGUUUGCUGCCGGUUGUCUCGUGCAGAUCUCCGCCUUUGCCCUUCUCGCCAUCCAGAGCAAGCUCAAGACCCCGCACGCGCACACGAUUCUCGAAGUCGUUAAAGUCCGCUAUGGCACCUUCGCCCAUUGGCUGUACAUGUUCUUCUGUCUCGCCAACAACACUAUCGCGGUCGCCAACAUGCUCCUUGGCGCGUCGGCGACCGUCUCCGCGUUGACGGGGAUGCACAUUAUCGCCUCAACGUUCCUCCUUCCCGUGGGGGUGUGUUUGUACACCAUCUCUGGUGGACUCAAGGCGACUUUCCUCACGGAUUGGAUGCACAGUGUUGCACUGCUCAUCAUUGUGCUCUUCCUGACGCUCAAGACGCUCUCCAACGACGCGGUGCGCAGCCCGGCUCAUCUGUGGGAGAUCGUCGUUGAGGCCAAUGCUGCCACCAAGAUCGCCGGCAACUUCAACGGUUCCGUCCUCACCAUGACAUCCAAGGGCGCGGUGGAGUUCGGGAUUUUGCAUACGCUCGGCAACUUCGGUCUUGUCGUCAUGGACAGCUCCUACUGGCAAAAGAGUUAUUCGGCGGACAUCGCCGCCGCUGUUCCCGGUUACAUUCUGGGUGGCGUGCUGUACUUCGGUCUUCCUUGGUGUCUCGGUACGGUGAUGGGACUUGCGGGAUGGGCGUUGCAGACGAACCCUGUGUGGCCUGCUUACGGUCGCGCUCUUUCGGCUACCGAGCUGUCUUCCGGUCUUCCCCUCGGAUAUGCCGCCCUGGCGGUCGCCGGUAAGGGCGGUGCGGUCGCAGUGGUGAUCCUCAUCUUCAUGGCAGUCACCUCGACCACUUCGGCCCAACUCAUCGCAGUAUCGAGCAUCGUAUCCUCCGACGUCUACCACACUUACAUCCGUCCCACCGCAACCGACGCCCAAGUCAUCCGCGUCUCCCGAAUCGCCUGCAUCGCCUUCGCCAUCUUCGCCUCCGCCUUCAGCACCAUGCUCUACUACGUCGGCAUCGACCUGACGUGGACGCUCUACUUCCUCGGUCUCAUCACCUGUCCAGCGAUGGUGACGUUGCCACUGACGGUGCUGUGGAGGCGUCAGACGUGGUAUGCUGCGGUGAUUGCGCCUGUGGUUGGCAUGCUGGCUGGUUUGGGAACUUGGUUGGGUACCGCCAGCGUCUACGGUGGUGGUGUGUUGGAUGUAACCACCACCGGUGCACUGUUGCCGUGCAUGUGGGGAACCAUCGUCGCCGCUUUCCUCCCCGCCAUCCUCUCGCCCCUCAUCACCUUCGCCUACCCACAGGACAACUUCGAAUGGGAGCGAUUCAACGAUAUCAAACUCAUCCAAGACGACGGCUCCACCAACAGUUCUCGCGACGACCUCAAGAACACCGAUGCCGAAAAUCUGACGACUCUCGGUGGCACUCCCGUCGGCAACCCCGCCUCGCGAGAUCAUCCCUACAGCGACGCCGAAAUCCGCUUUAUGAACCACCAGUCCCGCAUCGCGGGCAUCACCGGCCUCGUCCUCUUCCUCGCAGUCUGGGUGCUUUGGCCCUUCAUCAUGUAUGCGGCCAAGUACGGGUUCAGUCGCGAUUUCUUUGUUGGAUGGGUGGUGGUGGCGAUCAUCUGGGCUUUCGCGGCGCUGUUGAUCUUUACUUUCUUGCCGCUGUGGGAGGGCAGAGGGUUGAUUGUCAAGAUUGUUGGCGGCGUGCUCAGCGGGAAGAAGGGAGAAGAGGGGAGGAGCGAGCAGAGGACGGGAGAGGAGAACAGGGUGACCAGUGAGGAGGGCAAGGUGGAGAAGCCAGGUGCCAGCGUGCUGUCUUCCACGGGAAGCGAGGAGAAGCACGUUCAGCUGCAGUAG